GGAAGAAAAUGUCACAUCUUUUUAUACGUCAUUGCAAGCGGUUGUGCAAAUAAUCACAAUGAAAUUUAUUGUAUUACUUGCAUUGGGAUUGACAGCUGUGUUUGCUGCUCCUCAGCAAAGCUCGAGGGAUGCAACGAUUGUGAAAUAUGAAGCCGAUAAUGAUGGAUUUAGCGGAUAUAAGUUUAACUUUGAAACAUCCGAUGGAGUAUCCAGAUCGGAAACUGGCGAAUUAAAGAACGCAGGAACUGACAAUGAGGCUCUAGUCAUGCGCGGUACCAUUUCUUGGAUUGGAGCUGACGGUACUCCUUACACCAUCGAAUUUAUAGCUGAUGAAAACGGGUUCCAACCAAAAGGAGCACAUUUUCCUAAAUAAUUUUCUAUGUAUACUGUAUAUCUUGUAAAUAAAGCUAUAAAAAUAUGUU